CUUGAUUUCAUCCGAGCUGAAGGGUUUGUGUUUUCACAUGUUGCUGAUGAAGGGAUUAUAAAUGCCUGUGCAGGCGACCUGCUACGGUACAGAAAACAAAUUGGAGCAGAAAACAUUCAGAUUUUUGCAGAUAUUAAAAAGAAACAUAGUGCUCACGCUCUGACGGCAGAUGUCAGUGUCGCCGAGACCGCGAGGGCGGCCGAGCUCUUCCUGGCUGAUGGGGUCGUGUUGACGGGAACGGCGACUGCAGCGCCCGCCGAUCCGCAGGAGCUGAGAGAGGUUAAACAUGCCGUGAAGAUUCCUGUGCUGAUUGGGUCUGGGGUGACUCUGGAAAAUGUGAAGAAUUACUUGGAUGCAAAUGCCUUAAUAAUUGGUUCGUAUUUCAAGAAAGAAGGUUACUGGGCAAAUGGUGUUGAUCCUGACCGAGUAAAUAGAUUUAUGGAUCACAUAAGAAAACUGAGAGAAUGAGUUUGUUAGCAAACAAUGUCUCUUGUUUGU